AGCUUGGACGCCCGGGUUCCUUGGGUCAUGGCGGUGGGGGUCUCGUUGCUGGGGGGGGGUGUGCUGGGGCCCCCGUUGACCCCCGUCUCUCACCACCCCCAGCAGGCGCCAUGGGCGUGUUGCACUACUACGUGCGCCCGGGGGGGUCCGGGCUGGAGCAGGGUCCCGGGGCGCGGCUGCGGGCAGCACGGGGGGCACUGGGGGGGGCUCGCGCCGUCGCCCUCGAGCUCUGCUACAACGUCAGCUGGACCGGCUCCUCGCCACCAGACUCACGGGAGACACAGGUGCUGCACUGGCUCUUCGGCUGCCCCUUUGCCGUGGACGAUGUCGCCCCCAAGUCCUUCCUGCGCCCCGAGCCCCACGACCUGCUCAUUGAGAUCGGGCCCCGGCUGAACUUCUCAACCCCGGCCUCCACCAACGCCGUAUCUGUGUGCCGCUCCGCCGGACUGGAUGCCAUAGACCGGGUGGAGUGUUCUCGUCGCUAUCUGCUGCAGUUCCCAGAGCACCCCUCCCCUGAGGAAGAGGCACGCAUAGUGGAGGCGCUGGGUGAUCGCAUGACGGAGCAGCGCUACCUUGAGCCCAUCGCCAGCUUUGCUGUCGCUGCCCGCCCUGCCCCCAUGUUUCCCGUGGAUGUGCUGGGGCAGGGUCGCACCGCUCUCGAACGUGCCAAUCAGGAGCUGGGGCUGGCAUUUGACGAGUGGGACCUGGACUUCUACACACGGCUUUUCCAGCGCGUUGGGCGCAACCCCACCAGCGUCGAGUGCUUCGACUUGGCCCAGUCUAACAGCGAGCACAGCCGGCACUGGUUCUUCAAGGGGCAGCUGCGGGUGGAUGGGCAGGAGCUGCCGCAGUCGCUCUUCCAGGCCAUCAUGAGCACCCAGGACUCGAGCAACCCCAACAAUGUCAUCAAGUUCUCUGACAACAGCAGUGGCAUCCAGGGCCGAGCUGUCCUGGCGCUGUGGCCCAGUGACCCCACACGGCCGAGCCCCUUCGAGAAGCGAACGACUAUGCGGCACGUCAUCUUCACUGCCGAGACCCACAACUUCCCCACUGGCCUGGCCCCAUUCAGCGGCGCCACAACAGGCACGGGCGGGCGCAUCCGGGACGUUCAAUGCACAGGGCGUGGCGCCCAUGUCAUCGCCGCCACCGCCGGGUACAGCUUUGGCAACCUGCACAUCCCCGGCUACCCACUGCCGUGGGAGGAUGCAGCGCUGCCCUACCCGGAGGCCUUUGCUCGCCCACUGGAGGUGGCUAUUGGGGCCAGCGAUGGUGCCUCUGACUAUGGCAACAAGUUUGGGGAGCCUGUCCUGGCCGGCUUCGCACGUUCCUUUGGGCAGGUGCUGGCGGACAAGCGGCGCCGUGAGUGGAUCAAGCCCAUCAUGUUUACCGGUGGCAUUGGUGCCAUCGAGGAUGCCCAUGUGCGCAAGGAGCCUGCCCAGCCUGGCAUGAAAGUGGUGAAGGUCGGGGGCCCUGUGUACCGCAUUGGCGUCGGGGGCGGUGCCGCCUCCUCCAUCCAAGUGCAAGGGGACAACAUGGGGGAGCGGGACUGGGGCGCGGUGCAGCGUGGUGACGCCGAGAUGGAGCAGAAGCUGCAGCGCCUGCUGCGCGGGUGUGUGGAGCUGGGCGACUGCAACCCUAUCUGCAGCCUCCACGACCAGGGUGCUGGUGGCAAUGGUGGGUGUUUGAAGGAGCUAAGUGAGCCAGCCGGGGCCAUCAUCUUUGCCAGUCGUUUCCAGCUGGGAGACCCGACGCUGAGCGUGCUGGAGAUCUGGGGGGCUGAGUACCAGGAGUCCAAUGCGUUGCUGUUGCGUCCCGCCCACGCUGAGCUCCUGCAGCGCCUGGGCCAGCGGGAGCGCUGCCCAGUACAGCUCGUCGGCACUGUCACUGGUGAUGGGCGGAUCAUUCUGGUGGACGAUCUGGCGGCGCCAGUGCAGGAGGGGGACCCAGAGGAGGUGGGAGGAUGCCCCACCCCCGUCGACCUGCAGCUUGAGUGGGUGCUAGGCAAGAUGCCCCAGAAGGAGUUCGAGCUGGCACGGGAGCAGUCUGUGCUGCGGCCGCUGGAGCUGACGCUGGGGGCGGCCACGGCACUGGGGGAGCAGCCAAUCAAGGGGCUUUUGGACCCUAGCGCUGGUGCCCGCCUCUCGGUGGCCGAGGCCCUCACCAACCUCGUCUUUGCCCGUGUCACACACCUGCGUGAUGUGAAGUGCAGUGGGAACUGGAUGUGGGCAGCCAAGGCCCCAGGGCAGGGAGCGGCACUGGCCGAGGCUGUAGGGGCGGCCGUGGCACUUCUAAGCCAGCUGGGCGUGGCCGUGGACGGUGGCAAGGACUCGCUCAGCAUGGCCGCCCGUGUUGGCUCCCACACCGUGCUGGCUCCUGGGACACUGGUGGUCUCAGCCUAUGCCGUCUGCCCUGACAUCACUGCCACUGUCACCCCUGACCUCAAGUGCCCUGAUGGCAAAGGGACCCUGCUGCAUGUGGCGCUUAACCCAGGGCAGCACCGUCUGGGGGGCAGUGCCCUGGCGCAGUGCUAUGGGCAGCUGGGAGACAUCUGCCCCGACGUGGACAACCCCAGCAUCCUGACCGCUGCCUUCCACGUCACCCAGGAGCUCCUUGAGGAGUCGGCGCUGAGUGCAGGGCAUGACGUGAGCGAUGGGGGCCUUGUCACAUGCCUGCUGGAAAUGGCAUUUGCUGGCAAUUGUGGCUUGCAGGUCCAGCUCGACGCCUCGGGGGCCACCCCGCUGGAGGUGCUGUUCGCAGAGGAGCCAGGACUGGUGCUGGAGGUGCCACAGGCGGCAGCCGCAGACGUCUGCCUGUGCUACCAGGAGGCUGGUGUCAGCUGCCUACCCAUCGGGCACACAGGCCCCGCUGGGCCUCAGGCCACGGUGAGCGUGCAGGUGGCCAAGCAGGAGGUGCUGUCCGAGCCCGUGGGGCUGCUGCGGGGGUGGUGGGAGGCCACGAGCUUCCAUCUGGAGCGGCUGGAGGCAGCGGCAGGCCCUGGGGGGGGGGGGGAACAACCUGGGGGAGGACAAGGUCCAACUGUGGGCCCCCCCAAACCAGAGCUGCUGGCGCCGUGUGUGGCCGUCCUGCGUGAAGAGGGCAGCAACGGCGACCGCGAGAUGGUGGCUGCGUUUGUCAUGGCUGGCUUCCAGGUCUGGGACGUCACCAUGCAGGACCUGUGCACCGGUGCUGUCUCCCUCGAUGCUUUCCGCGGCCUCGUCUUCGUGGGCGGCUUCAGCUAUGCCGAUGUCCUGGGCUCUGCCAAAGGCUGGGCGGCGGCUGUGACCUUCCACCCUCUGGCCCGCACCCAGUUCGAGGCCUUCCGGCGCCGCCGAAACACCUUCAGCCUUGGCGUCUGCAACGGCUGCCAGCUUAUGGCCCUGCUGGGCUGGGUGGGCAGCCCUGACUCUGACCUUGACCCUGACUCCCAGGGACCCGAGGAGGUCCCACGGCCCGGGGUGCUGCUGGCACCGAACGAGUCUGGGCGCUUUGAGUCGCGCUUCGUGACGGUAUCCGUGGGGCCAGGGCCAGCACUCAUGCUGCGCGGCAUGGCUGGCUCCACCCUCGGUGUCUGGGUGGCCCAUGGAGAAGGCCGCGUGCAGUUCCGGAGCCCGGCAAGGCUGGCAGCAGCGGCCGAGAGGGGCCUGACCCCCCUGCGCUAUGUGGAUGACGGAGGCCAGCCCACACAGGAAUACCCGCUUAAUCCCAACGGCUCGCCACUGGGCGUCGCGGGGAUCUCCUCGCCUGACGGGCGCCACCUGGCCAUGAUGCCACACCCCGAACGCUGCGUGCUGCCCUGGCAGUGGCCCUGGAUGCCACCGAGCUGGCGCCGCGACCUGCACAUCUCACCCUGGCUACGCCUUUUCCAGAAUGCCCAUGAUUGGUGCCUGCGCUACCCCCAGGGCGAGCCCUGACCCCUUCCAGCCAACAAGGGCCACCACAUUGCUCAUGCCUGCCACCAGCGGGUGACAAGGCACCCCCCCAGCCCCACCCCUGUCCUGCAUUGGCCAAUCAGUUCAGGGGGGGUUG